AUGAUGCAUACACCGCAGCAACAGCAAUUGGUUCACACUCCGCAGCAAUCGGUUCAGACUCCGCAGCAGCACCAGUCGUUAGCUUCUCAUUUCCAUCUCUAUCCGUUGGUGGAGAAAUUAGCAGAUGCGGUCGAAACUGGAACGCGAGAUCAGAAUUCUGAUGCUCUGGUGACCGAAUUGAAUAGCCAUUUUGACAAGUGUCAGCAGCUGUUGAAUUCGAUUGCAGGAUCCCUAGGAUCUAAAACUAUGACUGUUGAUGGACAAAAGCGAAAUCUAGAAGAAAGUGAGCAAUUGCUUCAACGAAGAAGGGACUUGAUUGUGGAGUAUAGGAAAUCUAUUGAAGACCUUGUCAAGAUAGAGCCUUAA